AUGGCUCUUAUAAAGUACAUUACACAGCACUUCGGGAAUAUUCCAGAGGAGUGUGAGGAGGCGGGUGAAAAACUCAAAAAGAAGAAAAAGCAAAAGUCCCAGGAGGUUCCUCAGGAGAAUGGAAUGGAAGACCUAUAUAUCUCUUUCUCCAAACCCAAGAAAAGGAAAUCUUUUUCCAAGGAGUUGAUGAGUAGCGAUGUUAAAGAGACCGCUGGCAGCCCGAGUCUUCCCAAGAGGAAGAAAUCUUUACCCAAGGAGGAAACAGUUAAUGACUCCAAAGAUUCAAGCAACAGAAGUGUCUCUAAGGAAAAGAGGAAAUUUUUCAAAGAGGAGCCGGUCAGCAGUGGACCUGAAGAGGCUGCUGGCAGCAAGAGCAGCUCCAAGAAGAAGAAAAAGUUCCAUAAAGCAGCCCAGGAAGAUUAAUGCAAAUGGACAUUCUGUGGGAGGUGGGACAUACCAUAACCCAAGGUGACAUUUCCCACCCUGUGUUGUGUUCCCCAAUAAAAAAAAAUUUUUUUUAAUUUAAAUAAAGAUUUGAGGAAAUUAAGUUCAGUGUUAGGUAGCUAGUAUUUGGUAGUGCUAGAUUCAUGUACAAGUUGAUUUAUUCUAAAUUCCCCCUCACCAAAAACAACCUCUGAUAAUCUGUGAGCAAAAUUAGUACAUCUCCAACCUUUCCUGCUUCUGCAGAACUGAUACUUUCUCCAGACGGAAUAUGCUGAGACAGAACAUUGCGAUAGAGGUUUCUAGAUAACUUGGACAUAGAGAGAUGUGGAAGACUUCCAAGCAAUGGGAAGAAUUAGUAAAGACAAACUUAUUUCAUGCAUUUGAUAAAAAUUUAUCCAACCUUCUUAAAAAUAACUUUUACUGUAGUUAGAAACUUUAGGAUUCUUUUUAUACUAAUAUAUUAAUAUUUUAAAAUAAUUUUACUUGCAUAGUUAACCUUCGAAAAUAAAGUCUUAUAAAUUGUUUUCCAGUAUUACAACAUAUGGGCUGAAAUCAUAAGGCUUAAAAGACUAUUGUGGUACUAUAUGAAUAUCAUUUUGUUAUUUCAAUUUUUCAAUAUUUAUUUCAAUCUUUAAAACACAUUUGGAGGCAGCCAAUGUGACUUACUCCUAUAAUUUCAGUGCUUUGGGAGGCCAUGGUAGGAGGAUCACUUGAGGCCAGGAGUUCAA